AUGGUGGAUCCUAUGGAACCUGAGGACCCCUGUAAGUCCGGUGACCCGCACAUCGCGACCCCGGCCGCCGCGGGAGAGGCCAACGUUCCCGGAAUUGCGGAUGAGAAUGGCACCACGGCAGCGGUGGUCACCCAGGCAACGACAACGACAAAGGAGGCCACCCCUGCAGCAACCACCACCCCCACCACCACCUCUGCUGCUGUUACCACGGCUACCACCACUGCCGCCGAGCCAGAGACAUCGGGUUCUAAGGAGAACCAGCAGCCCAACAACUCGGAACCGGCGGCGGCCGUCAAGCUCCACCUGGACCUGUACAACUUCGACUCCCCCGUGGCGGAGGGCAGCCGCUACGUGCUAACUAGCCCGCGCUCCCUGGAGGCCUGCGCCCGCUGCGGCGUCAUGCCCUUGCAGCUGCUGCCGCGACCCCUGGCCGACUUCGCCCGCGAGGCGCCCGGACGCUCCAUGCGGGUCGCCACGGGCAUGUUCGAGGUGUACGAGAAGGAUCGUCACGCCAAGCUGCGUCAGUGUCGCGAGGAGCGCGAGAGGAUCAUCCGGGACGAGAAGAAGAGGAUGCUGCAGGCCAUGCUGAAUAGCAAGAGCAAAGCGGAGGAGGAGAAGAAAGCAGACGGCGGCACGGGCAAGGUCAACUGUACCGAGUCACAGCCACAGCCGGCUAAAACAGCAACCAACAACACUCUGCUAAGCUCCACAACCCCUCAGACCUCCACCACCACCACGUCGACCUAUGAAAAGCCAUCAGUGCUCCCUCCCAUUGGUUCGGGUUCGGGCUCGGGCCCGUUCGGGUCCAAAUCGCCUCUGUCAGGUUCAGGCCAUCAGCUGCAGGACAAGACACUCCCCUCCAGUUCCAGCUCCUCCAGCAAGUCCUUCACCACCUGCUCCGAUCAGUCCUCAAAGCAAACCAGCCCAAAGAUCUUCACACCUUACGCCUCAAAGGGAGGACUAGCGCCACUCAAGACAAGCAAACAGCAGACCUCCUCAUCCUCCAGCAGAACCAUUGAGUCCUCCAGAACCACCGCCGAGCCCUUCGUGAAGAGCAGCGCCGUGUCUCAGACGUCUGGAUCCUCCUCAUCAUGUGGCAGAGCUCAGCAGCAGUUGUCGACGUUGUCGUCGUCCACAAGCGCUAAGAAGACCUCCGGUAGAAGCACAUCGAAGACCGCCAACACCUUCCCGAGGUCCAGCCCCAAGCCCCCCACCUCCUUCCCCAAGACGGCCUCGCUGGCGGCGGUGGUCUCCAAAUCGGCGGUGCAGAGCCCGGCCGCACCCAACGGCACCUGUGGCGGCGUCCCCCACUUCCUGCAGCACAACGGCGGCCACUUCCUGUCACGCUCCAAGACGCCCGCCAGGAGCCACUCCCUCGAGAACCUCCAGCGGCGACGGGACACGUACCCCCCUUGCACCUCCACCAACCCUAGCAACAACACCACCACCACCACCACCACCACCACGUGCGGCUCUUCUGAGUCGGGGGCGUCGUCCUCCUACAGCUGGGACAGCCCUCGCGACCACUGGGGGAGGGGCUCCAGCCCGCGCGCUCGCACCCUGGCCACCUUCAACUCCCUGAUGGGACGCAGCCUCAGCCUGGGGGACCUCAGUCACUCGCUACAGACCACACAGAAGGUGGAGCGCAUCGUGAAGGAGGUGAGGAGGCGUGGCCUGAAGGCGGUGCCUGAGCGCGACCGCAAAAUCGCCGCGCUGAUGCUCGCCAGGUACCAGGAGGAGGACAUCAUGAGCCAGACCCGCUACGUGGCGCACCUGCAGUGGGAUAGCGAGAAACGCUUGGACGAGCUGCGGCGGGAACGCGAGGAGCGAGACAAGCAGCGCGCCGUACUGCAGUGCCAACGCGCCUGGCAGUCACAGGUGUCCACGCGUCAACGUCGGUUGAGCCAGCAGGAGCGCCAGACGGCGGCAGCGAAGCUACGCCAGGCGGAGGAGAGCGAGGAGCGAUGGAGGGAGCAGGCGGAGCAGCAGGAGAGGAGCAGGCUACAGCGCCUCCAACAGGCCGCAAGAGAGGAGAAACACAAGAAGGCACUGCAGGAGCAGAACCUGCGCGCGCUGGAGGAGGAGCGGGCGGCCAUGUUGGAACAGGAGCAGCUGAUCCUGAAGGAGAAACUGACCAUCGCCGAACUGAAGAGGCAGGAGAGAGAACACGAGGUGCAGGAGGAGCGGAGAGGACUCAACCGCGCUGAGAGGAGACGCCACGCUGCCAUCAUACAGGAGAUCGCGCGGCGCGAGGAGGAGGAGCGUGAGGAGGCGCGGCGGCAGGCGGAGGAGAAGCUGAGCCGCUCGCUGGAGAACUACGAACAGAUGGUGGAGCGCAGAGAGAGGGAGCUGAAGGAGAAGGCCAAACGAGAAGAGAAACAGAUACAGCGCGCACGCAGGGUGGCGGAGCAGAAGGAGAGGCAGCAGAAGCAGCAGCUGGCCGCCAGGGUGAGGGAGACGGAGAAGAGGGCGCAGCAGGCAGCCGCCGUGGCGGAGGAGAGGAUGAAGGAGAAGGCCCAGAGAGCGGUGCAGACUCGUCAGGAGAAGGAGCGUCUUCAGCGUCUGAACCGGCAGCGCGUGGAGGAGGAGGAGAAGCAGAGGAGGCUGGAGCUCCUGCAGUCCAUCGAGCGCAAGCUGGAGAAGAGCGAGCAGAUCUUCAAGGAGAAGAAGGCCAUCCUGGAGAGUGCCCGCUCGGUGGCGCGCGCCUCCUUCCACGUGCGGGACAAGGUGCGCGAGGAGACCAACAUGCGCACCUUCGACAAGAUGGCGCUGGAGGCGCAGCUGAAGGCCAGCCUGGACGAGAAGUGCGACAAGUGAAGA